AUGGAAACCGUCGACCAGCUGGCCUCCAAGGGCAGUUUUCGGGCGGUGAAGGAGCCCCUGGCUUUCCUGAGGGUGCUGGAGUGGCUUUUUGCAGUCUUUGCAUUUGCAACAUGUGGUGGCUAUUCUGGAGGACUGCGGCUCAGCGUGGACUGCGCAAACAGGACACAGAGCGACCGCAGCAUUGACAUAGCCUUUGCCUAUCCCUUCAGGUUGUACCAGGUGAAUUUUGAUGCUCCCACCUGUGAAGGCAGGCGAGAAAAACUUUCACUAAUAGGUGACUUUUCCUCUUCUGCGGAAUUCUUUGUGACUAUCGCUGUCUUUGCCUUCCUCUAUUCCUUGGCAGCCACAGUAGUUUACAUUUUCUUCCAGAACAAAUACCGUGAAAACAACAGGGGUCCUUUGAUUGAUUUCGUUGUGACAGUGGUGUUCUCCUUCAUGUGGUUUGUGGGUUCUUCUGCUUGGGCUAAAGGUCUGUCUGAUGUCAAGAUUGCCACUGACCCAGAUGAAGUCCUCUUACUGAUGUCAGCUUGCAAACAACAAUCCAACAAAUGCUUGCCUGUGUACAGCCCUGUUAUGUCAAGUCUUAAUACUUCAGUUGUCUUUGGAUUCUUGAACUUUAUUCUCUGGGCAGGAAAUAUCUGGUUUGUUUUUAAGGAGACUGGUUGGCAUUCUUCGGGUUCAAGAUAUCCUCAAGAGACCCUCGAGAAACAGUCCAGCAGCUAUAACCAAGGUGGCUACAAUCAAGAUAGCUAUGGGUCGAGUGGUGGGUAUAACCAACAGGAAGGCAAUUUUGGGCAACAAACUAAUUAUGGUCAAGUUGAUGAAUUUGGCCAGCAACAACAGAGUGGCCCAACUUCAUUUACUAAUCAAAUGUAG